GACUUCCAAAUUUCAUUUCGUCACUUUCCAGAACGAGGAGAGAGAGAGAGAGAUAGAGAGAAAUCUCCAUGGAAUUGAUGGAGUUCUUGAAUACGAAUCUGGAGAAGGAAACGAAUCCAAUCGUGCACUGUCCGAUUCCCUUUCCUUAUUCUGUGCAUCAACGAAUCUGAGUGUGAACUCUCUCCAGCUCAAAAGCCUUCCCGAAUCAGGGCCCCCCCAAUCGCGAUUCCUUGCAUACCCAUCUCCGAUUCAUUUGCCUUUCCUCGGCUUCCUGAGACCCCCACGUGCACCGGUGUGAGGUUGUCUGAAUUGGUGGCGCUUCGUUCUCGACUUCGGUUUUCCCGGGUCGUCGAGAUUCUGGGUCCGGAGUUAGGGUUAAGGGGGAUGAAGAUCGAGGAAUUGGAGGAUGUGGAGAGGGAGAGGGAGAGGGACGAUGGGGUUCACGGGAAGAUGGUCGUGAGCUACGAUACGAAGAUGGUUUUGGUGGGUGCGGGGGCGAGGAUCUUGUUUUACCCCACGCUCUUGUAUAAUGUGUUUCGAAACAAGAUCCAAGCUGAGUUCAGAUGGUGGGAUGAAAUCGAUCAGUUUCUUUUGCUGGGUGCAGUGCCAUUUCCCAAGGACGUUCCAAGACUUAAGCAGCUUGGUGUUGGUGGUGUCAUCACCUUAAAUGAACCUUAUGAAACUUUGGUGCCGUCAUCUUUGUACCAUGCCCAUGGGAUUGACCACCUUGUAAUGCCUACCAGGGAUUAUCUCUUUGCUCCAUCUUUCAUUGACAUUGACCAUGCAGUGGACUUCAUUUACAGAAAGUCAUCAUGUGGCCAAACAACAUAUGUCCAUUGUAAAGCUGGUCGUGGGAGGAGCACGACAAUAGUGCUCUGCUAUUUGGUAAAGUAUAAACAGAUGACUCCUGGUGCUGCUCUCGAAUAUGUUAGGUCUAGAAGGCCUCGUGUACUCCUUGCCCCUGCGCAGUGGAAGGCAGUUCAAGAAUAUAGCAAGGGCCAAAGAACGAUGGCGGUAUGUUCUCCUUCAGGAUCGGGGGACACAGUCUUUAUAACAAAGGCUGAUCUCGAAGGGUACCAGUGCACCUCGGAAGAUAAUUAUGGUAAGGAGCUGGCCAUCAUCCCCAAGGUGACAAGGUCAAGACCCAUGAUUGCAAAGUUGUCUUGUCUUUUCGCUUCGCUAAAAGUAUCUGGUGGUAUUGGGAGUCUGCCAAGGCGGUUGCCAGUACCGGAGGCACGUGCAUGCUAAGGCAUUUGCAUGUCAUGGCGAGUCUUUUUGACGUUUGUACAUGAAAUCUUCUGGGAAUAAGUUGUAUUGAGUAGGAAUUGUCCCCGGUAUCUUGUGUCUAAGAGAGAGAGAGAGAGAGAGAAAAAAGGUCAAGUGAGUAUGAAGAUACGAACAAAAGAGCUAUUGUUGUGUGGUGUAUCCUGCUUCAUUUUGUUGUAAUUGAGUCUUUUCAGUGAAUUCUGACGCUUUUUCUUGUUGGCAAAUGGAUUUACCCACUUGACGGUGA